UGUGAUUCAAGAAUGAAAAUUUUAAAUGUUAAUGCUCGAUAUCCUGGUAGUUGCCAUGAUAGUUUUAUUUGGAAUCAUUGCAAUAUUCUGCCACUUAUGCAAAAUAUACAUGUACGAGGUCAUGAUAAUUUUUAUUUACUAGGAGAUUCAGGUUACGCAUUAAGACCAUGGCUUUUAACUCCAUUGAAUGAUACUCAACCAGGUACUCAAGAGGAACGUUAUAACCAAUGUUUCAAAAAAACACGAUCAAUUAUCGAAAGAUGCAUUGGUCUAUUAAAAAUGCGAUUUCGAUGUUUGCUAAAACAUCGUGUGCUUCAUUAUGCUCCAAGCGUGGCUUCAAAAAUGAUAAAUUCAUGUACAGUUUUACAUAAUAUGUGUGUAGAAAAUAAUUUACCACUUCCCUCAGAAGAUUACGAUUUACAUAUCGAUUUAGGCAUGUUUCAUGAAAGACCAAUAGAAGUUGAAGCUGCUGUUGGACGUAUAAACCCUGAUCUUGCAAAAGCAAAAAUAAUACAACGUCGUAUAAUUAGAAAUUUUUUCUGAAAUAAGAUAUAUAUUGGU